GAUGGUUUCGGUUGCAAUUAAAGUUAAACUUUUUGACAAACAACGAUAACGUAAUUUUUUCUUUGAUUUUAGAUGACGUCGCGCUAUUUUGUAAUACUGAGCGUAGUGCUGUUGCUGAUGGAGCACAUCCGCGCGAUAGAUUCGAUCCCGUACGAGACAAAGCAGCUCGCUGCAACGGGGAACGACCGAGUCCAAGGGCAAACGGUCAAACUGAAUCAUCUCGUUCGACGAAAGAGGGCGCCCUUUGGGAAACUGGCGUUGCUCGGCGGGGCUGCCCUCGGAGCUAAAGUUCUUGGCAAGAAGGCUCUUUUGCUCGGCGGGGCUGCCCUCGGAGCCAAAGCUCUUCUUGGCGCUGGUAUCGUUGGGGCUGGUUUGUACAAGGCGAAGAACUACAGUGGUGGAGGCAGCUACAAUGGUGGCGGCAGUUACGCCAGUGGAUACACAAGCUACCAAAAUUCGUGGGGUCGAUGAUAGGCGAAACAGCAAGAAGGGGAGAGAGAAAUAGGACCAAAAAUCAUUUCCACCAGCCGACACACACAAUUGGAGGAACACGUCGAUCAGGACUUAAUCUA